GUUAGGCAAGGUGGGCGGGGCGUGCGGCUGCUGCUGCUGCGGGUGCCGCUGCUGCUGCCGCCGCCACUCGGCCAUGUCAGCGGCCCGGGGCUGUGGCUGCAGCCCGGCCUUGCUGCAUGCGACCGAGUGCCCGACUGGAGCAGCGAGCAUGCGUCUUCUGAGCGAUGGAGGGCACGGUCGCUAAUACCAAUAAUAAUAACAACAAUAGAAACAAGAAUACAGGAGCGGCAGCUAGGGGAGUAAGAAUAAUACAUAGGGAGCAGCAACAAUAGCAACGGUGGUUGGUGGUGGUGGUGGUUGUGAUGUUAGUGCAGUGGUAUUGGUAAAUAUUGUGAUGGUCGUAAUACAGUGCAGGGGCUAUUGUAGGGAUUAAUGCGCUAAUAAUGAUAAUGUGCUGAUUACAAUUAAAGUGUUAAAUUAACGAGGGAUUAGCACCACUAAUUGUGACGAAUUAACUUAUUUUAUUUGACUAAAUGAUAGCUGAUGUGUAUUUUUUAACGGGAGGGCAGCCGAUGUAAAAUGCAGUAAAAUAUUGUAUAGUUUUUUUUUAAUACAGCGAAAUCAAUGAUAAAAUAAACAGUAAAUUAAUUAGUACGUAAUACAUAUAGUAUUACUAAAUAUUAAUACAGAUACUAAUAACAUUCCGAAUAGAGUGGCAGUCGUAUAAAUUUUAAAUAGUGAUAUAUUGGUAAUUAUAUUCUUAAUACAUAAUAGCUCUAUUUAAAAUGCAAUCAUGGAUAUACCCAUUACAGUAAACAGUCAUAGUAUACAUUAAAUAUAAUUACCUGGAUCUAAUUUAUGGUAUAUACAAUAUAGCUCAUAAAUAUAGUAAUAAUAAUUUAUAUUGUUACAAUUUUUGUUAUCUAUUCCCCACCAAUACAAAUUCUCGUUUCAAUCAUAUACUUUAUUUUUUAUUUUCCACCUCUGACGUGGUGACUGCUAUUUAUAAUCCAUUUGCAAUUCUCAUUGUUGUCUAUUGUUAUUGCGGCUAGCCUGGUAGAAAUAUAUAACAGCAAAAAAAAUAUCUAACCAACGUGGAACCCCAGGUUACACGAAUCACCAUCAAUAAGGGUUAGAGCAAAUAACUCUCCCCCCCAAAAAAAAAAUCAUUUUGCAAAUUGCAAUUCGUUUUAUUCUCUCAUUUUUUUCCAGCCGGUUUCUUUCCCCCCCCCCCCAUCUCGAUACAGAUACAGUGUGAGAGGCAGGGAGACAAGAGCAGCGGGUCCGGAUGCUUUGGUGGUGGGGUGGUCUUUAUUUAUCUAUCUCCCUGCCCUUGCCUCGUAUCUUAACACCGGCCGCCCGUCGUCACCGGUGAAGACGACGAGGAUAAGAGAAGGAAGCGGCGAGGAGGAGGAGGGUUAGACCCGUAGCGCAAUGGAAGAAGAAGGAGGAGGAGGCAGCGCCGCAGCCGCCUUGGAGCAAUGCGAGCUGCUGCAGAACAUGAUUGAGAUCAGCCUCGCGAGCCUCGAGGGCCUCAGGACCAAGUGUGCCACCAGCAACGACCUCACGCAGAAGGAGAUGCGGACUCUGGAGGGAAAGCUGGUGAAGUACUUCAGUCGGCAGCUGUGCUGCAAGCAGAGCAUCUCCAGCGCAGAAAGAGACCCUCGGCUGGAGGAGUUCCCGAGUCUCCACCACUGGCUGCGAAUUGUGGGUCUGCACGGUCACGUCAUGCAGGAACUAUUGUCUGAAGGAGACCUUUCUCUGGAGUGCCUCCUACCCAUGACAGAAGAAGAAGUGCGGGAGACUGUGAAGACAUGCGGAGGCAGUAUGGAAGAGUGUGCCAGGCUGAUUGCUGCCCUCACUUGUCUACGCAAUGCCCACCAGUGUGGCGGCAGCGACUCCAAGCAGGAGUGGGUAAUCUCUUGGCCCACGAAGGAAUCUCCCACAACUUCGGGCUCCUCCCCGGAGGGAUCUCAGCGUUCGUCGCGUGGCGAGCUGCCGCCCCUGCCGGCCUCAGACUCGGGCAUCCAUGACGACUGCGGGCAGGUCGACGCGCUUGCCUCCUUGCCGUCCUCACCCAGCUUGAUGCGGGGCCGCCGCCUGCCCACGCCCACGCCGCCAGAAACCCCACCGCUCAGCGACACCAUGGCCACGCCGCCCUCGUCGUCCACGCCGGCAACGCCCGCGACCCCUCCGCCGCCCCUGGGCGUGAAGAACAAGAGGUCGAAGGUGAGGAAUAUGCGGCCACCUGGCACACCCCCGCCACCGGUGUCACGCAAGCUGGUGCACCUCCUCCCCGGCUUCCAGACCUUGCAUCGCAGCAAGUCGCACGAGUCUCAGCUCGCGAACCGGAUAGAGGACGUGGCCAACAUGCGGGGUUCCAAGAAGGCGCGCCCUUUCCUGAACCCGGCAAUUCAGGGUGGAGCGGGGAGCUGCGACAACUUGCCCGUGCAUCCGCGUGUUCCAAUAAACCCUGCAGAGCGGCUGGCACGCCAGGCUUGUGGCUGCGCCCCUUACACGCCCACAACCCCACCCAUCUCGGACGAUCCUCCCCAGAACACACUGACGGUACCUCGGUGGUCUCCCCAGAAUGCACGCAGGGACUUUGGAAACUCAAUAAAACACAGAUUUUCGACCAAAUACUGGAUGUCACAGACCUGCAUGGUGUGUGCGAAGGGAAUGCUGUUUGGCGUUAAAUGUAAAAACUGCAAGUUAAAAUGCCAUAACAAGUGCACAAAGGAGGCGCCUCCGUGUCGUCUGCUAUUUAUACGCCCGGGUUUAAAGCGCACGGAGUCUGUGCCAUGCGACAUGAACAACAGACGUCCCCAUCGCAUGGUUGACUUGCAUCAGAGCAAGACGCUGCCCAGAGAGAAGCAGGACCAGAUUUCGGUGCCUUACCAGCCGGACUCCAGCAGUAACCCAUCGAGCACCACCUCAUCCACGCCUUCCUCACCGGCUCCACACCUCAUCUCCAACCCCCCUAGCGCCACGCCGCCCUCUCCCUGCCUCCACCCGUCACCACAAGCCGUGCGGCACGCCAAACCGCACUUCAACUUCGCCGCAGCGCACUGCUUUCAACACAAGCAGCAAUUUGUUUUCCCAGAUGUGUCUCCUGAGAUUCACAAGAAAACUCCACAAGUGAUCCUUCAUCCAGUCAACUCCGAUAAUGAGUCAAAUGAAAAUCAGAUUCUACCUCCUUUGCCUGGAAAUCUGCCAAUCCUUGAGAUUGAGGCGAGUCCUGAUCCAGAGCCGCUGUCGGAUGAGGAGGAUGACCUGGAGGACCUCCCGGACGCCCUGUCGCUCCGCAACCUGCCCCGCAAGCAGAGCCAGACCACCAUCUUCCUGCAGGAGUGGGACAUUCCUUACGAGCAGCUCGCCGUCGAUGAGCUCAUCGGCCGUGGACGCUUUGGCAAAGUAUACCGUGGGCGCUGGCAUGGCCAAGUGGCCAUCCGCCUCAUCGAGAUGGAGCGAGACAACGAGGCGUUUGUGAAGCUCUUCAAGCGGGAGGUGAUGGGCUACCGGCAGACCCGGCACGAGAACGUGGUGCUGUUCAUGGGAGCCUGCAUGAACCCCCCACACCUGGCUAUUGUCACGAGUUUGUGUAAAGGAAGGACAUUGUACUCUUACGUUCGAGAUUCAAAAACCAACCUGGACAUAAACAAGAUUCGGCAAAUUGCGCAAGAGAUUGCCAAGGGACUCGGGUACUUGCACGCCAAAGGGAUUAUCCAUAAAGAUCUUAAGUCCAAGAACAUUUUCUAUGACAAUGGAAAAGUGGUGAUAACAGACUUUGGACUCUUCAGUAUAUCCGGGGUCAUGCAGGAUGGCAGGAGGGAUAGCGAAUUGAAGAUCCCGCACGGCUGGCUGUGUUACCUGUCACCAGAGAUCAUCCGCGUGCUCUCUCCAGCCAUCGAUGCAGACAAGCUUCCCUUCUCCAAGCCUGCCGAUGUCUACGCCUUUGGAACGAUUUGGUAUGAGCUGCAGGCGCGCGAUUGGCCGUUUCAUGGGCAGCCCGCAGAGGCUAUCAUCUGGCAGGUGGGAAAUGGGUUGAAGCCAGACCCUACGCCUGUCAGCAUGGUGAAGGAGAUCUUGGACAUUAUCUUGGCAUGUUGGUCCAACGACCCAGAGGAGAGACCAACCUUCACGCAGCUGAUGGAAAUGAUUGAAAAACUUCCCAAACUUAAUCGCCGCCGCUCGCAUCCCUGCCACUUUUGGAAGUCUGCAGAAUUAUAGCAUUUCGUUGCUUCAGUAGCAGGUGUCAUAGCGAUUACUCGAAAAGAACCACAAUCGCAAAACUUAAUAAAUGUGGGAGGUGUGGGGGAAAUGUAGAGACAUGCAUACAAAUAACUUACGUGUAACGUGUAAAAAAAACACCCUUGUUUGAAGAUACUACUACAACAAAGCGCGUUACUGAAGCAUGUGCAAGUAUUCCGUUCUGCAUCGAGCUGGCAAUGCUUUGUCAUUAUCUUGCAUAUUCCUUUUUCAAUUCCCGUGCUGUUUCUCUCAAUGGUGAAACCAAGCGGUUUUUACUGAUAUCCCUGCACCUCCGCCCACACAUUUGUCCUCGCUGUAAUUUAUGCGUUGGGGUACUUGAGUAACCUCCGAGCUUGUUGAAUACUUAGAGCUUAGAGAUGAACCAAAAGCUGUGUUGCACCGGGGAAAAGCUCUACUUGCCCAAUUAUUAAGAUUCCACGAGAAGAAACAAAUGUUUUCAAGUGAACUGCUCAACUAAAAAUAUGUUAUACACGCAUUCAUGGCUGUUACAGACUCUGAAAGUACUGCAGGAACAAAUAAUUGAUGAAAUCGAUGGAAAUACAGAUUUACUUGUGAACAGCGAAAUCCAUUUGGUUGAGUUUACGGAGACCAUUCGUCCGCACCUUCAAGUACAACACGAGGCUUUCUGUGUGACAGAAAAGCAUGAUCUGGGUCAUGUGUAACAAGGCACAGGGAAAUCUGAAUCAGUAUAUGAGCAACAAGCAAGUCGGAACUCCUGAACAACUCGGAAUUAACUUGUCCGUUUCACUGGAGAAACCACUACGCUUUUGGAAGAAGACUUGUGGCUCCAAGCACAAGAUUGUUGCCAUGCAAUGCCACAAAAUACCACGGAAAGGUUUUAAAAUAUAUAUUUCUGUCACAACGCAUUUCAUUUUCACAAAAAAAAUACAUGUUUGGCCGUGUGGCCUUUGUGUAGCUGUCAGGUUGACUAUUGAGUACAAUCGACUAGAGAACACGUCAAAAGCAUUCCGUUAACGCAACCUCCGGGGAGAUUAAUAUGCAGAAAGUACAGCUGCUGGCUUAGGAAUGACUGGCUUGAUUAAAAUCCCCAACCAUUUCUGCACGGCGAGUUUCAACGUCCGUGUAUGUUGACACGAAGCUCGGGCACAUGAACUGCGCGUUACACGCACACUGUUUGGCUGAAAAGACUGGUGUUGGAAGGUGAUCACUCUUUUAAAAAAACAUCGCUUCUGCAUCCAAAACUACUGAGGCAGCACAUAGUUUAUUUUUAACAAUGCAUUUGUAUCACUCGAGAAUCAUGUUUGUAGCUAGUGCCAAAUAUCUACACAGACAUUGAUGCCUUUGACUAGUUUCCACUACAUUGCAUUUAGUAAAAAUAUAUAUACAAAGGUGUAAUAUUCUAUCAUGUGUUUGAUUUAAGAUUUUUCAAAAACGUGCCAUUUUUCAUUAUUGAUUGCAGACAAAUCGCAGUGGCCAGCCAAAUGCUAUACAUUUUUUUACAAGUGGCUUCCUUUCAUGCAAGCGUUCAUCAUGAUUAAAAGCCGUCACAAUGGAUAGGUAUGACUAUAGUGGUUUAUGCUCUGUUUAAAGAAAAAAAUAAAAGUUAAUGUAGCAGAGCAAUGUUGCACUAUAACAUAGCAAUUGUUACUGUGAAACUGUGUUAAGAUCUUGUGUGUGGUGCAUGUUAACUGUCCCCUAGGUUAUUUCCUUUGCAGUGGUGCAGUGGCAUUGUGCAGGAAAAAAAAUGUGGCGUUUUGCAUUGAGAAAAGAUUCUGUACGAGAUGCUUGAUCCUAUAGGGCUGCGAUAAAAAUCAGCAAUAUGGAAAUGUAUUUGAAAUGUUAUAUGAAGUAAAAAAAAGGGUUGGGUGUAUGUCUCAGCAUAAUGAUAUAGGCUCAAGGCUUGAGUUUAAUUUCAUGUACAAUUAAAUUUGUUAUUCCAACUUUGAGUGGGACCAAACUAUUAGCAUGGUUUUGUUUAAAUUGCAGAACGAGAACUGCAAUGUUAAUUUUAAACCGUCUUUUUUUAAAGAAAAUCUAAAUAGGUGGGGUGCGAGCGGGAGGAAAAAUGUAACUAGUGUCGUAGCAUAAACUGAAUGUGUCUGGGUCACUGCAAAGAAGAGUUGUGUUGUGAACAAUUUGUACGUACCAUUUGAUGGCAAAGACAAGAUGUACAAUGGCGUAUAUUUAAAAUUGGGUAAACUCGUGUACAUUUUGAAAACAACGCGUUUUGUUGGUUGCCAUUUUGUUUGUA